AUGGCGACACUCAGGAUUGCAGAUCCCCCGCACGAGGGAGAUGAGCUGCAACAGCCUCGAUCCUGCGACGAGGGAUCAAUCAUGGGCCCGGCUGGCUCCACUUCGCAAUCGAUCGCCCAACCUCAUCAAGAAGAAAUUCAGGAGAGUAUUUACAAUAUCCGUUCCCACUCCAAGAUCCCAGUGCGGGUCAGUAGCGGGGUCUCAGCCGAUGAGCAGCCAGACGAUGACCCCGGGUUGCGAAACCCGGGCGACUUCAAGCAGAGACAGGUAUUCAAAGGCAAGAUGCUGCUAUGGCUGGCAUAUCAAUCUAUCGGCGUCAUUUAUGGCGAUAUUGGCACUAGUCCCCUCUACGUCUUCUCAUCCACCUUCUCGUCCCCUCCCUCUCCAAAAGACCUGCUAGGUGCCCUCUCCAUUAUCAUUUGGAGUCUAUUCAUGAUGGUAACUGUCAAGUAUGUGCUGGUAAUACUUCAUGCCGAUAACGACGGCGAAGGUGGCACUUUCAGUACCUAUUCCCUCCUCAGUCGCUAUAUGAAUAUCACCUGCCGUGAUCCACGGGAAGCUUCGUUGGUCCAGAUGAAACGGUACUUGUCCGGCGAUCUAGAGCACGCUGGACAGAUGGUGCGCCACAGCCUAGAGUCCAGUCAAUUCGCGCGAUGGCUGCUGAAAGUGAUCGGAGUCUUGGCCGUCACCAUGGUGCUGGCUGAUGGCCUGCUCACUCCAGCCCAGUCUGUUCUUGGAGCCGUUCAAGGUAUUAAGGUUGUGCAGCCAAACAUAUCCAAGGGCACAGUGAUUGGUGUCACUGAUGCUAUUCUUAUCGCACUAUUUUUCAUUCAACCGUUGGGAAUCACAAAAUUGUCCUAUGCGUUCUCGCCGAUCGUGAUUAUCUGGCUUGGCAUUAAUGCGGCAUUCGGGAUAUACAACCUCGCUAAUUAUGAGGCCGGUGUUUUCCAGGCUUUCAACCCUGGCCUCGCAUUUGAAUUCUUGAUUCGUAACAGAACAGACGGAUGGAAGAUGCUAGGUGGUAUCUUGCUCGCCUUCACAGGUGUGGAAGCCCUCUUUGCGGACCUAGGUGCUUUCAGCCGCAGAGCAAUCCAGAUAAGCUGGCUGUGCUAUACGUUUCCGUGCCUCUUACUAGCAUAUAUUGGCCAGGCAGCGUAUCUAAGCGUCCACCCAGAGGCGUAUUCGAACCCCUUUUUCAAUUCAGCCCCACCUGGAACUCUCUAUCCAGCCUUGAUUAUUGCCAUACUAGCUGCUAUCGUUGCCUCGCAGGCCAUCAUUACCGCAACCUUCCAGCUUCUUGCGCAAGUGAUGAAACUCUCAUAUUUCCCUCAGAUCAAAGUCAUCCACACUUCUCGGGUAUUCUACGGGCAGCUCUUCAUUCCGAUCGCGAAUUGGCUGCUUAUGAUUGGCACCGUCUUGAUCGCGUCGAUCUAUAACAAUACCACGUCCCUGGGCAAUGCGUACGGCGUAUGCGUCAUGUUCGUGACAUUUUUCGACACUUGCAUGGUAUCUCUGGCUGCAAUGUUCGUCUGGCGAAUCAGCCCCUACAUUAUCUUCCUCCCGUGGCUCACCAUGGCCUGCCUGGAUGGUACUUAUCUCUCGUCGGCGCUGACCAAGGUGCCUGAAGGAGCCUGGUUCACGAUUGCGCUCGCUGCAAUUCUUGCAAUUUUGUUUCUUUUGUGGCGAUAUGGUAAAGAACAGCAGUGGUUCGCCGAAGCUGAGGACCGCUUUCCAACUUCACAUUUCGUCAUGUCCAGCCCAGAUGGCCAAAUCUCCCUAUCCAAACGAUACGACAAUAUUCCCGUCAGCAUCACCCGUGGUCUUGGUAUUUUUUUCGACAAAGCGGGCGAGACGACUCCGAUCGUGUUCAGCCAGUUUGUACUUAAGCUCACCUCCUUGCCGGAGGUGGUUGUCUUCUUCCAUCUACGCCCUCUCGAGCAACCUUCAGUCUCCGCUGAGAAUCGCUUUACUGUGUCGCGUUUGGCAAUACCACAUUGUUACCGACUGGUUGUUCGUUAUGGAUAUAAUGAUGAAAUCAUCACACCCAACUUGGCGAGCGUGAUCACCGACCAGGUCCGGAAAUAUUUAAAAUCGAGAAAACCUCCCGGCCACAAGGAUGGGGAAAGGGAUUCCGUGGCCCCGGAAAACGCGACAGUGGAGGGCAGCAGGGAUGCCUACGCCUUUACUACUUCUGAAAUCGCUAAUUUGGAAGCAGCAUAUUCACACAAGGUGCUCUACAUUGUGGGGAAGGAGCAGAUGAAAAUCAACCCCGAGACAGCGCUCAUCCGAAAAAUAUUGUUACGCAUUUUUUUGUGGAUCCGAGAAAAUACGAGGAACAAAACGGCUAACCUCCGGCUGCCAACUGAUAAGCUGAUUGAAGUGGGGUUUGUGAAGGAGAUAUGA